CGUCGGCUUCGUCACCUUCGGAAUAUCGCUGCACGUAACAUUAUCAAUAAGAAUGGUUAUCGCCUCUUGGAUACGUACUUCACUCUUCACUUGUGUGAUAAUGCCAAGAUAUACAAAGAAUUCUAUAAGAGUGAGGUGAUCAAGAAUUCUCUGAAUCCAACAUGGAGAAGUCUGGACUUCGGGAUAAUGCCUGAUCGUCUCGAUACCUCUGUCUCUUGUUUUGUUGUGAGGAUCUGGGGUGGCAAGAAGGAGCACUUUCAGCUUUUGAUUGAAUGGAAGGUCAAUCUAGAUGGGUUAAAGUACUUGGGCCAGCAGAUACAUGCAAGAAACCCAAAUGAGAUUAUUUUUGGUCUCAAUGAUGGCUAUUAUGGAGCUUCAUUUGAACAGAAGGAUCACUCAGGUACCCUGAAGAAUAGUCUUCUCCAGGUGGAUCAGAACUGUGUUCGUAACUCUUAUGAUGUCUUCUCUUUGCUUAGGCUUCACAGAGCCCAGUGUGCAAUUAAACAGACUCAGGUAACUGUUCAGAAAAUAGGAAGGGAGAUUGAAGAAAAGCUGAGAUGUACAUCUACAAGCAAUGAACUGAAAAAGGAGAGUGAAUGUUUACAGUUGAAGAUCCUGGUGCUACGUAAUGAACUGGAGAGGCAGAAGAAGGCCCUUGGUCAAGAAGUAGCCUUGUUGCAUAAGGAAAAAAGUACUUUGCAUGACAGAGGAAAUGCAUUUGAGACUGAAUACCAGAAACUUCAAGAGCAUAAUGAAUCCCUACAUGAAUUAAGAAAGGAAUGCACUGCUAAGAGAGAACUGUUUUUGAAGACAAAUGCCCAGCAGACUAUUCGAUGCAAGCAAUUGCUGUCAGAGCUAUCCUAUAUCUACCCCAUUGAUCUGAAUGAUCAAAAGGAUUACUUUGUUUGUGGAGUCAAGCUUCCUAAUUCUGAAGACUUUCAAGCAAAAGAUGACGGAAGCAUUGCUGUUGCCCUGGGCUACACUGCUCACUUGGUUUCGAUGAUAUCCUACUUCUUACAAGUGCCACUCAGGUAUCCUAUAAUUCACAAGGGCUCCCGGUCUACAAUCAAAGAUAAUAUCAACGACAAACUGACAGAGAAAGAGCGAGAAUUUCCUUUAUAUCCAAAAGGAGGGGAGAAGCUUCAGUUUGAAUAUGGAGUAUAUCUUCUCAACAAAAAUAUAGCACAGCUUAGAUACCAACAUGGGCUGAGUACUCCAGACCUAAGGCAAACUCUUCCUAACCUGAAAAACUUCAUGGAGCUUGGCCUAAUGGUUAGAUGUGAUCGACACCAUACAUCCAGUGCAAUUCCCGUUCCAAAGAGACAGAGCUCUAGCUUCGGCAGAUUGGAUAUUGGCUUUUCCAGUGGGCUUCCUUCUCCAGAUAAAGGACUCCGAAAACGAGCCAGCACGGGAAACGAAAGACUACAGUACAAAACUCCUCCUCCUAGUUACAACUCUGCUUUAACACAGCCUGUUGCCAUCGCAGCCCGUGUAGGAGAGUUAGAUAAAAAACCUGGAUCGAUAUCUUCUUCCUUGGAUACCUCUAUGGACUCCUCAAAAGGAAAUACCAAGAAAGGCGAGGACUUGUGCAGCAGUUUAAAUGGAGAAAACGGGAGCCUAAACAAUGCCCAAGAGCAGCAGGAGUCUCUCCUAGGACAUAGUAGUGCAAUAAACGGGGCGUUUCUGCCUGCCGAGUGCUCUGGCACUGCAAGCAACGAGCAGCCCUGUGAGUUCCGACCCACACUGGGCCCUGUCCUUUGCUGCACCGUGGAGCAAGCGGAGGAGAUCAUGGGGAUGGAAGCGACGGGGUUCAGCACGGGAGACCAGCUAGAAGACUUUAACUCCAUCCCGGUGGAGCAUGCCGUGGCAGUGGAGUGUGAUGAACAAGUCCUAGGGGAGUUUGAGGAGUUCUCUCGAAGGAUCUAUGCACUGAAUGAAAACAUGUCCAGCUUCCGCAGACCGCGUAAAAGUUCGGACAAGUGAGCUUGGACAGGGAUUUGAUAGCAGACAUUGAGGUGAAAUCGGUGAUCUGGAGUAGAGAUAAAAUUGCACUUAUUCUUUAUAUUAAUUAUAAAAAAAAAAAUAAAAUAAAAAGCUAAAGCUAUUCCUAUGGUGUUAGACAAAUGGACUUGAGCACGAUAACACAGGAUCAUGGUAUAUUCCCAGCCCAGGUAAAUUUUGAUUCUGCUUCCAGUCCUCUUUUGUCUGGUAUUUGUAAUCUGUUGCAAAUUUUUUUUUAGGGAUUGGAAUCCAUUUAUAAAUGCUUUCGUGGAAACGACUUCUAGUGCUGAUCAGGCCCUUCUCUGAAUAUUUGUUAAUUUCUUAAUUAUUAUUUAGAGUUAAAUUUAAUCUUUUCAGAAGGAAAAAACCCGUAAUUUUAAAAUGCCAUAAAUUACCAUUUAUGGCAAGACCUCUUUACCUUCUCCCGUGUACUCCUGUGUUUUCUUGAGCAAUGUAGCCAGCGUUACAGAAAUACCAUGAAUUUGUUAUAAUUGGACAGCUUUCUCUUUGGCUGUGCUUUGUAGCCUUUGAAGUUCUAGUUUGCACUGAUGGGUCUUCAGUUGGCGGUGUAAACUUGCCAGAGAAUGAGCACCUGUGUGAUAUCUGCAGUUUCCUUGCACCUGACUAGUCAGAAAUUACUUUGAUUUUUUUUUUUCCCUUCCUUUCCUCCAUACUCACUGUUCCUACCAGUAGAAGCCUUGAGGACUAAAUUGCCUCUAUGGUUUCGUAUAAAACUCUCAGCCUGACCAUUCCCUGAUUCAGUUGGGCACAGACCUCAUCAGCAGAGACCUAACGAAGGCACGACCUUAAGAGGGGUUCAGCUGCCACCCUCCGCGGUGUCCAUCAGGGACCGCGUGCUGUGAGGCACUUCACAGAUGUCUUCAUAAAAAAAAAAACAAAAAAACCAAAACAACCCAGACUGAAAAUGCAGUCAGCACUUUGGAAUUAGGUGAAUUUGUGGAAUCGCUCCACCCUCUGUAGAAAGGAGGCACUUAACGUUAUUCAUCUAAAUUAAUAUCCUUUUAACCAUCUGUACUUUAAAGGAAGAAACUUCCAGCAGUUUGCUGGAGGUGCAGUUUGCUGUUUGGUAGGUUACCACUGGCACAUGUGUUCAGCUGCACUAAUGGGAAAGUAAUUUGCAGCCUGCUUUGUGAUUCCUGGUAUUUGUUUCAGUUUGGAUUUCAUUGCUCUUGCUUUCUAUAUUGUAUACCCAAGAAUUUGGGCUCAGUUGUGAGCUCUCGAAUAUAAAAAUAUAUAGCAGAAUAAAAACCACUUCAUCAUGCCUGGCUUUUUUUUUUUUUUUUUUCUCUUCCUCCUCCCUGGUCUACGCUUUCUUUUGAACCAAUGACCUAGUCUUUUUCCUAACUUCACCGUAAGGCUAGCCUAAAUUAACUUUUUAGAAUGUGGAUAUGUGUAAUCUCAACUAUCUGUUGUCGAAACAAGACGUGUAUGUGAGAAUCAGUAUACAUAAUAGCACUGUUCUAGAAUAUGCAUUUUUCCAGGUAACACCUUAAUGAUUGUAUUAAAAUUAUAUUCACAUUUCUUCUGUUAGCUUUUAACGGUUGUGUCUGCAGUGGAGUUGUUGGAUCGAGCCUUUCUACAGCAGUUUGUUACCUUUGGUCUGUGCCAGUACGAUGUGCUAGAUAGAAGCUCUCGGAAGCAGAGACCGUGAUUCUGUAAGACGUUGAACAUGAUUCCAGGUGCAAAUUUGGGCGUGGAAUUGGACACAUUCAUGAGUAUCUUCUCCCCAAAAUAAGCUCCUCUGUUCCGACCUCAUAAAAAGCUUCCCUAAA